AUGCGGGCGGCGGCGUUGCGGCGCUGGCUGGCGGCGCCGGUGCCCGCGGGGGCCUGGUGGGGCCGCGGGCUGUGCGGAGAGCGGCGCGGCGACGGCGCGGCGGCCGCCCGCAAAAUCACUGAGAAUGCAAAAAAAGCGUUGGCCUCACUGAAGAGAGAAAACCCUCAGCUUCAGCCAACACUAGCCAUUAUUCAGGCACAUAACGAUCAUUUGACUCAAGAAGUAAACAAGAAGUUUGCUGAAGAGGUUGGUCUACGUGUUAUUCACAUCUGUCUCCCUGAAGGCAGCGACAAAGAUGAGAUUGUCAAUGAAGUCUUGAGACUUAAUGAGGAUCCUAAUGUGCAGGGCCUUGCCCUUGACCUCCCAGAAAGUGCAUAUAGCAGCAAGGUAUUAAAUGCUGUGAAACCGGAGAAAGAUGUGGAUGGAUUAUCCGAUGUAAACUUGGGAUGCUUGAUACGUGGGGAUGCCUAUGACUGUUUAGUUUCUCCUACUGCCUCUGCUGUGGUGGAGGUUCUUGAAAAUUUAGAUGGAAAGAAAGUCCUACUAGUGGGAACCAGCGGGGCCCUGGGAGCCUCCUUGCAAUGUAUGCUGCAGCGGAGAGGUGCGAUGACCAUGAGCUGCCAGUGGAGAAGUCCUCAGCUCCAGAACAAGCUUCAUCAUGCAGAUGUGGUGAUAGCUGGCAGUACAAAACCUGAAGAUAUUCCAGUCAGCUGGAUAAAACCCGGAACCAUUGUUGUCAGUUGUUCUCGUGACUUUCAAUCAGAGAAACACCAAUGUGGUCAGCAAAACAACCAUCUUGUUGAAAAUGAUGUUUGUUCUCUUGCGAUAGCAAUGCGAAUGCAGAAUAUGGUAAAAAACACCGAGAGAUGGAUCCGUUCCCAGCAGUGCAGGAAGUGGGACCUCCACUGCCUGAAACUUCAGCCCCUCUCCCCAGUGCCCAGUGAUAUUGAGAUUUCCCGAGCUCAGAGUCCAAAAGCUGUUGAUGUACUUGCCAAGGAGAUAGGAUUGCUUACAGAUGAAAUUGAAAUCUAUGGCCAAACCAAAGCCAAAGUACGUUUGUCCCUGCUGGAAAGGUUAAAGGAUCAACCAGAUGGAAAAUAUGUUCUAGUUGCUGGAAUAACUCCUACACCCCUAGGAGAAGGGAAAAGCACAGUCACAAUUGGUCUUGUCCAGGCUCUUACUGCACACCUUAACAUUAAUUCCCUUGCCUGUCUGAGACAACCUUCCCAAGGACCUACUUUUGGAGUUAAAGGUGGAGCAGCAGGGGGUGGAUAUGCUCAAGUGAUUCCCAUGGAGGAGUUCAAUCUUCAUUUGACUGGAGAUAUACAUGCUAUAACUGCUGCGAAUAAUUUGCUGGCUGCUGCUAUUGAUGCUAGGAUCUUGCAUGAAAAUACUCAGUCUGAUAAGGCUUUGUAUAAUAGACUGGUUCCAGUAGUUAAUGGUGCGAGAGGAUUUUCUGCUAUUCAGCUUGCCCGUCUGAGAAGGCUGGGAAUAAAUAAGACUGAUCCUAGUACUUUAACAGAAGAGGAGAUCAGCAAAUUUGUGCGCCUUGAUAUUGACCCAUCUACCAUAACAUGGCAAAGAGUGGUGGACACAAACGACAGAUUCCUGCGAAAAAUAACAAUUGGCCAAGCAAAUACUGAGAAAGGAUUUGUCCGUCAGGCUCAGUUUGAUAUUGCUGUUGCUAGUGAAAUUAUGGCCAUCCUGGCACUUACCACCAGCCUGGCAGAUAUGAAGGAGAGGCUGGGAAAAAUAGUGGUGGCUAAUGAUAAAAAGGGACAACCAGUAACAGCAGAGGAUUUGGGCGUAACAGGUGCUCUGGCAGUUUUGAUGAAAGACGCAAUUAAGCCGACGCUAAUGCAGACGCUAGAGGGAACACCAGUAUUUGUUCAUGCCGGACCUUUUGCUAAUAUUGCACAUGGGAAUUCUUCUAUUUUGGCAGAUAAAAUUGCCCUUAAAUUAGUCGGAGAAAAAGGAUUUGUUGUAACUGAAGCUGGCUUUGGUGCUGACAUUGGGAUGGAGAAAUUCUUCAACAUCAAAUGCAGAGCCUCUGGCUUGGUUCCCAGUGUGGUUGUGCUUGUUGCUACAGUGAGGGCUUUGAAGAUGCAUGGAGGUGGGCCAAAUGUAACUGCUGGUGCCCCACUUAAGAAAGAAUACACAGAAGAGAACCUCCAGCUGGUAGCUGAUGGCUGCUGUAAUCUACAGAAACAGAUUCAAAUUACUCAGCUAUUUGGAGUUCCUGUUGUAGUUGCUCUAAAUGUCUUCAAAACUGACUCUCCUGCUGAAGUUGAUUUGGUCUGUGAGAUUGCAAAGCGAUCUGGAGCAUUUGAUGCUGUACCCUGCAAUCACUGGUCGGCUGGUGGUAGAGGAGCAGUGGAAUUAGCUCAAGCUGUGGAAAAGGCAGCCAAUCAGAAAAACAGUUUCAAAUAUCUGUAUAACUUGGAGCUUCCUAUUGUUGAAAAAAUACGGAUCAUUGCUCAGAAGGUGUAUGGAGCUCAGGAUAUAGAGCUCUCUCCUGCUGCACAGUCACAAGUGGAUCGUUACACUCAGCAGGGAUUUGGAAAUCUUCCCAUUUGUAUGGCAAAAACUCACCUAUCCCUUUCCCAUCAGCCCGAGAGGAAGGGUGUUCCCACUGGUUUCAUUUUGCCAAUUAGUGAUGUGCGGGCCAGCAUUGGAGCUGGAUUCAUCUACCCUUUGGUAGGAACGAUGAGCACCAUGCCAGGACUGCCCACGAGGCCUUGCUUCUAUGACAUUGACCUUGACCCCAUCACAGAGGAAGUGAAAGGAUUGUUUUAAGAGCAAGCUCCAAGUUCAGAAACCUGGAAAAUCAGGACUGCAACUUUACUAUAUUCUGCAAAUAGGAGAGAAAAAUGAAUUUGAAAUAUUCCUGUUAUGUGUCUCUGGAGUGGUACCAAGACAGACCAAAGAGCGAAAGUUUAUUUUCUUCAAAUUAGUUUUUAUGAUAAUAUAUAGCUGUAAGGUUUUUUUUUUAAAAAAAGUAAGCUUUUUUUCUCUCUCUUUAGUACAGAAAACUCUCUACAAGGGCUUAUACUUGUUUGUCUGUGGAUCAGGUGACAUUGAAAAAAAAGUGAAUUUUUCAUUUUGAAAUUUUGGUCUUUUUUCAGAGGAGUAAAUAUAAAUACUUCCCUCAUCCUUGGUGAUCUAAAAACUUACAUAAACACAAUUAUGCUGCGUGGUCAAGCCUGUUUCUCUCAAAAAAAUACACUUCAACUCUUGGCAUUCAGGAGCUGAAACUACACACAGAUUAACUGCACAUACUUUGAGUUAUCAUCAAGUGUUGCUCUAAAUGCAUGUUGUCAAAUGCCAAGUUUCAAAUGAGGAAGGUAUUAAGCGGAGAAAGAACAGAGCAUGUAUUUUGCAAAAAGUUUUUAAUAUAGAACUUGUUUCCUUGGUGGGCAAAGAGCUCUUAAAGUUCUUAAACCAUAGUUGCUUUUUGUCCAUAGGUAUCUCUGUUUAUCCAAAGUAUACGUUACAGGCAGUCCAGCUGAUGAUGGGCUUACUGUGGUGAAGGUGACUGCGUAAACAGGGCAUUGCUCCUCCUGAAGUCCUGCUUUACUCCUGCUCAUGGCUAAUGAAGCCUCCUGCUGUGCUGGUUCCCAACAUAGCAAUUUUCUUUCUUGUCCCAAGUGGGAUAUGCCACCUGGUAACAUGAGAGGAACAUCCAUGAAGCCAGGAUGCUACAGGACAGAUGUUUGGUCUGCUUCAUUUAGUAGUUUUUAACUAAUUACUUUGCUUAUAAAACUGGAGUGUGUUUUGUAUUUGAAGUGGGGGUGUUUAAGCAAGUUGAAUCUUAAACUACGUUCUUUAAUCUACCACAGUAACAUACAUUUUCCAAUAUAGCUUUUCCUUAAUUUGCAGCAAAAGCCUUAAGCACAGGAUACUGUAUUUAGCUUUUCAAGCUGCUGCUUCUCAGGAAACUGUCACUGACCAACUACUGUUUCCUUCAACAACAAAAAAUGCAACAGAACAAUAGCUUUAAUCAAAACAAUAGGCCAUUGGUUUUUUAGGUAAAAAGCAGUGAAAUAAUGAUGAGAGAGUUUAUUUUCCUUGUGAUGUUUUCCAUCCUGUCGUUUUGCUCCGCUUACGCACAUCUGUAUGUUAUAGGCUUAUACAGUGUAGUUUUGGAUCUCUUUUACAAAACCAUGUUUGGAGACUAAAUUACAACACAGUUCCUGGGACAACUGAGGGGUUUGUUUUGGGUUUUAAAAUCCUGCUUCAUUAUUUAUAAACUCAAAGCUAUUAUUAUGGACAGAAGAACAAACUGGGGACAGUUAAAAUAAUUACCUGUACCUUCCCUAGAGUAGCACGGAAAUGUCUGUUGACCGCAUUUCUGAGCUGUUCUAUUCAUAGCUUCACUCCCCAACACAGUAGGGAUUGCUGUGAAGAUAAACUUAAGUGUAAAAAAAUCAGGACUAACUGAUGUUUCAGCCUGAUUAGGUGAUAGUGCUCAUAAUGGCCUAGACUGUGGAUGUUUUAGGCAGGACAAACUUAAAAUAAACAAGCUGAGAACAAGAUUUAAGUACAGCUUUCCAAGCCACUGUGGGCAGAGAUUUCUGAUAACUGUGCCCCAGAAUAUAACAGUGCUCUUUAUAUGUACAACUGUGUUACAGUUUAGUCAUGCCACACUGAGCUAUCUCUAGGCUAGAAGAAUCUAAACAAUAUUGAAAGAAAAUUAUUGUGUUCUCCAGCCGUAGUUUUCCUACUACUGUUGUUUGUUUGUUUGUUUGUUUGUUUUUAAGAGAGUUUUCCUCCUUUCUUGCCUAGAGAAAUUCAGGAAAUUGUAACCACAGUUUACUCAUGGUCACUCUGGUUGGCCACAGGUGCACUGGAUUUGAGCUCUGUGCAGUAUGAGAUGCUAAACAUAUCACUAGCUGUUGACCUGUGAUGCCUCCCUAAGGUACACAGAUGCUGUUGAGCAACAGGUUUUAUAAGCCAGUUCAAACUGCCACUUCAUACCCACACACUUACUGUAUUAGUGUCACCAUAUUGUCCCUUUAAGCCAUGACAGCUUGACCUGCUUUUCUGACCCUUCAGUCACUCCCUGAAGCAUCAGUCUAGCUCAGUUAGUUGAGAAUUAAUGAGCAUCAUGUAAUUUUUCUACAGUCAGUUGCUCAGGAUUUGUUAUACUUUUCUGAUAGUUAUUCCAACCAUCCUUGAAUUACUGAACCUAUCUUUUGUUUUGUCCUAGACCCCCCCACCUAGUUAACCUAGGUAAGAUCUCUUGAUUUUGCAGAUACUGAAGUUCUUCAAUAUCUUUUGCAGAUAUUUCAGUUCUUCAAUUCAUUUUGCAUUUUAGUAGAAUAUUUGUUAAAGAUGCUCUGCAUUGGCCUACGGCUGCUGUUUCAUUAUCCAAAGGGACUGAGUUACUGGCCAUCACCAGAGCUGCUGAAACUCAUACAGUACAUGCCCUUAAACUGCUUUAGUUCUGAGGUCAAAUGCCUUCUUAAGAAAGGGUUAAAACUUAAAACUUUUAAGGUAAAAGUGUUAUUGCUAGAUUGUUGCCUGUUGUUACAGAGGUAGGAUUGCAUAUGUGGGACUCUUGCCUUUGCAUCUGCCCUGAGCAAUGUUGUGACAAUGUAGGACUGCAGCUUUUCAAAGGCUGCUUGCCUUUCUUCUCCUCCUCUUGCUAAACAUGUUAAAAAAAUGUCGUCAUUUAUUAUCAGUAGAUCUGCUUUUUGUACUGACUGAAUACUUUGUUAUUGCUACUGCUGAAUUACAGAAAAUUGAUGGCAUUGAAA